AUGAUUAAAGUACAAUCAUCCAAUAUAUUGUCAAUAUCGCCAGACAUUGAUACAAUGUUUGUCUCACCAGAUACAUUACAACUGGCUUCAUUAUCAAUCAGCAGUAGCAUCAAUGGAAACAACAACAACAACAACAACAACAAUAGUGGGAGCAGUGGAAACAGUGGAAGCAAUAGUUACAGCUCACCAUUGUUACUCAAUAAUAGUUCCUCGCCAUAUUUGUUUUCUUCAGCGGACUUUUUAUCCAGGGAUGUCUAUUAUCCACCUCCACUAGAUAUUGGCGGUGGAGGUGUAUCCAGUGACGACGACAGAAGUAGUAAUAGUAGGAGUCCAUGCUCAAUAGCUUCACAGGCAUCGCCACCAAUACCAAAGUCAUCAUUGCUGUUGAGGAACUCAAAUGCUUGUUCCUCAUGCAACCGAGCCAUUUCACUCUAUAUCGUCAGUUCGAGAAGUCGACGCAGGACUGGAAGCCAAUGUGUAACAUGUCGACGAAUGAUAUGCGAUCAAUGUAACAUUUACAACAAGUGUGGCUUCUCUAGUAAGUCCUCGCCAUCAUAUUCCUCUUAUUCCUCCUCCUCUAUACCAUCCUCCUCUCAUUCAGCGUCCUCAACUUCAGCUUCAUCUUCUUCCUCCUCCUCUUCAUCUUCAACGCUUUCGACCAACAACAACACUCAUAUUCCAAUCAAACGAUCACCUAGUCCAAAGUCAAUAUCAAAGCACAGUAGCAGCAGUAGCAGUGGCAAUCGAUUGACCUACUGUACAGCAUGCAUACCGAACAAGAAGUCAUCGUCGAGU